UCGAAGACAACGCGCAUAAAGCCGCAAUCCGUCACGACGAUGAGCGCUGCGAUCACGACUCUCAUGCUGACAAUGCUCGGGCUGACUCUGGCUUCGUCAGGCGAAACGCGAGGCCACAUGACCCAGGGGAGCCCUGCGGUCGAGCCUGCAGCCCUGUUCCUGGGGAACCGCGUCGGCGACUGGGACGGAGCCGGAUGGGGCGGCCGGGUCCAUGCGAACGAGUCCUUGGCGGCGGAUCAGGAGGCGGAUCAGGACCUCGCAGACAGAGACAAGCGCAUCUUGUUUACCCUCGUCCGCUUCAAAAACUCUGGCUGCACCGUUGGCUCGAACUCCGGGACAUGCUACACAGCCAGCGAGUGCCGCAGCAUUGGUGGCACUAACAUCGGGUCGUGCGCUCGAGGCUUUGGAGUUUGCAACUGCACGUACCUGGUGAGCCCCAACUACCCGAGCACGUACAACGAGGCCCAGACGUGCACUAUGACCUUCACCAGAAACGCCAACACGUGCCAACUGCGACUCGACUUUGAAGAGUUCAUGAGCACACAGCCAAGCAAUCUCGGCGUGUGCCAAGAGGAUCAGUUCACGGUCACCGGGGAGCGGAAGUUUGCUUACCUGUGCGGAAACAAACCUUCAGAACCAUGGCAUUUUUAUUUGGAUGUUAACGGAAAGCCCAACCCAACUGUUUUCAACUUCCUGACGACUGCUACAAGCUUCAACAGAAAAUUCAAGAUCAAGGUCUCCAUGAUCGAGUGCCGGCAAAAAGUGCCUUGCGGAUGCGGCCAGUACUUCACGGGCAUGACGGGCACGAUCCAGAGCUUCAACUACGGCAGCGGCCCGUACCUCGCCGAUCUCGACUACGGUAUCUGCACCAGGAAAGAGAAGAAUAAGUGCACGACGACCCUCACCACCCUCGGGCCCAGCUUCACGGCCUGCCCCUUCGACCUGUACAGGAUCCCCGUCGGCCAGACCGGCGCGAACAACCCGAUCACGGCCUUCAACGUCCAGGCUCUCUACUGCCAGCUGUUUGCCGCAAAUAACCCGCCGAAUUUCCAGGAUCUGACAACCAUCCCGUCGCCCCUGACGAGUGUGUCCAACGGCCCUUUCAUGAUCUGGCACAUGACCAACAACGAUGUGGUUCCCAACGCCUUGAUUGGCGCCCCCGAAUUGGCUGGAUUCUACCAGUCCUUCACCCACAACCCGUGCUAGUUGAAGGAGACGGGUGGCUCGUGUGUUCUGGUGGUUCCGCAGAAACUUUGCAGUGAUUUAUACUAUUUAAAUUAUAAAUGUUUAUAAACUAAA